UUUUCAGCAAAGAGAAUAAUAUAAUAUACUACGUAACAGUUUUCAGCACAAGCACAGUACUUGAAGCUCGGAGGGUAAUUUGUAUUCUGUGACUUGAAGUGUGUUUAUAAAUUUUAAGGUUCACAUCAUAGCUCACAUUUCAUAACGACUUUCAAAAAGGAGAAGGGUACCUACACUCACCUAUUGUUCGUCUGUUUAUUACAAGUAAUACAUAUCUUGAUUCUUGGAAAAUGAUAAAACACAAUAAUCGUUGCACUCUAUGUUUAUCAUUAAAUAAAAGAACUUUAAACAUAUUUAGAACUAAUCUGCAAUAUGUUUACGAAAACCUCGCGAACUUGAAGGUGGGAUCUGAGACGUGGAUGUGUUUCAUUUGCCAUGAGAGACUACGUCAGUGUCACCUUUUGCAGCAGUUGGCAAUAAAUACGCGAGGACUUAUUGCUGAUGUUUGUGAGGUUGACACAAAAUUUGAAUCAUUGUUGGAGUUAUCAACUUCCGACACGAGAAUCAUUUGCUUACCAUCACCAUGCGAGACACAAUAUGCUGCUGCAAUCAAAACAGAGCCAGAUGAAACUUUAGAAGUUCAUUUAAAUGACACUGAAAUGGAAGAAGUCGAAGAUGUAGAGACCACAAAUGACUAUAAUGAAGAUGGUGAACAGAAUCCUGGCUCCUCAUGUGCUGAUUCAGAGAAAAAUAAUUUGAUUUGCGAUGAUGAUACUUCGAAAGUGGACAGAAAUAAUAGUCGGCAAACGAAAAAGGAGCAUUUUGAGGAAGGAGAAUUCACCUCAACUUCAACUAAAAAAAAUAAACAAGAAAUAGAAGAAGUGUUAGGAGAUACAGAGAGAAGGAAAGAAAAAGAAAACGAACCAGAAUAUAUAAAUCAACUAGAAAAAUUAAAUGAGGUAAGCAUGUUCUAA